CCUCCAUUCUCCUUUAUGUGCGUAAGCAGACAAAAGCAUCACAACAGCAGAACACACAGUGCAUCCCUAACUGACUGCUGGAGAGAGGGAGUCCGAGACUGGUAUAAACACACGCAAGAUUGGCACCGGGAAGAUGGCAGAAGGCACAGUGGACUUGACUGAGCUGGCAAAAUCCUUCAAGAAGUUUGCAGUCCAUGGAGAUACCAAGGCCAGCGGUCAGGAGAUGACCGGGAAGAACUUCGUCAAGCUGUGCAAGGACUGCCGUGUCAUCGAUGGAAAAAACAUCAUGACCACCGACGUGGACAUAGUCUUCAGCAAAGUCAAGUCCAAGUCAGCCAGGGUGAUGAACUUUGAGCAGUUCAAGCAGGCUCUGAAGGAGCUCGCCCCCAAGAGAUUCAAAGGGAAGGGCGAGGAAGAGGCGCUGCAGGAAACCUACCGUCUGAUAGCGGGCAAGGAGCCAGCCAACAUCGGGGUGACCAAAACAGCAAAGGCAGGCGCGGUGGACAGACUGACCGACACGACCAAGUUCACCGGUGCGCACAAGGAACGCUUCGACGACACGGGGAAGGGGCGUGGCCGGGCGGGGCGGGAGGAACUCCCGGACACCAGCGGCUACGUGGGGGCGUACAAGGGGGCGGGGACCUACGAGGAGAAAGUCAAGGAUAACCAGUGAGAAAGACAGCGCCCCCUGCUGCCGCCUUCCGCAACUGCUACGGCUUUGGGAAAACAGCAAAUUAGUAGAUGCUGUCUAAGAUUAGGGUUUACUUUAUUGGUUAGUUAGUUAGUUGUCUAAAGUUAAAAAUCCAUUUCUUCCAACAAUUUCUGCACGUUGCACAGCACCUGGAUUUCGUUUGUGACUUCUGAUAUGCUGUAGAAAUACACUGCAACUACUAAUACCCUACAUUGUGACUGUUCAGCAACCAGCUCGAAGCUAAAAAUGUGUUGCCAUUCCAGUCUCAUGCAUUCAUUCAAUGUUAACUCAUGCAGACGACCACCCCGUGCCAGGUCUCUUCCUGUAUGCCUUAAGCUUGUCUUUUUUUUUAUUAUAGUCAAUUUUUUUUUUUUACAAUGUGUUUUUAGUUCUCAUGGUAUAAGAUUAUGGAUGUAUGCAUUGGAUCUAUGUAUUUAUUUAUUUAUGUUUUAUUGAACUUGUUAUUAUCUUUUAGGGUUAAUGUCACUAUGAUUUGUA